AUGAGGGAUCGUGAAACUGCGAAGUUUGAUGUGAAAACAUUUCCUCAGUUAUUGGACCAUGCAAGAGCCUGGAGACCCGAGAUGCGUUCGUUGACAUCUCAAGGAUUCUCAAAAUUGGGUUUAAUGCGUCAUACCGAUGGGCGUCUGCACGUCUACGCAAUCUCAGCACAGAAUGGAACCCAAAACAUAGUCACCGGGGAAAUUCCGUUGGAAUUGACUCAACAGAAAGAAGAAAAUGAUUUGAAAAUCACUGUCAGACUGAAAACGACAGUUUGUAAUGUCGAAGCAUUACUCCGAAAAGCUGCUCCAUCAGACGAGUUUGCAAUGCUGUGUGAACGACAACGAGCAUCAGUUGUUCAAGGAAUAACAGACUACGAAAUUGGAAGCAAAGAAAUAACUCUGAUGGCUGGAGAUCAAGUUUUCUUGUAUACUCCUCACAGCGGUGGAGUAAAGCCUAUAGCAACGGGGGCGAUUGAAUUGCCGUCUUCCCCUCCUCCAAACGUCAGAAAAAGUUCUAAUAGAAAUGCAGUUGAACCGAUGGAUGUUUCUGAAGGUGCAUUCGGACCAGGAGUGAAAGGAUGCUCAGUUGAAGCACAACAUUCAACAUCCGCAUCUCCCGCUAAUAAAACUUCAGGAAAGAAUGACUCCUCGCUACCACCGUCGUCGAAUUUCAUAUUCACUGCCAAAUUGUGUCCAUCGGACAGUGACUGUUUGGCAUAUGUACUAAAUAAGCAGGUUCACAUUGAACAAGACGGAACGUUAAUUCAUCGCACUACAAGCGAUUCAAAACACAUUACAAAUGGAGUUCCAUCAUACGUCGUUCAAGAAGAAAUGGAGAGAUUCGAAGGCAUUUGGUGGAGUGAAACACAUAAAAGACUUCUGUAUGAGCAUGUAAAUGAAGAGGAAGUUGCUGAAGCUCAAUUCGGAAUAAACGGAGAUAAUCCAAGCACGCCAAUGAAGUAUCCGAGAGUUGGAACCAAGAACGCAAUGAGUCAGCUUCGAAUGGUUAUUAUCGAAAAUGGAAUGGUGUACGAUGUUUCUUUGAACAAUCAAGUCCUUCUCAACCUUUUCCCACAGUAUGAAUACAUUACUCGUGCUGGGUUCUUUUCCGAUGGCACUUCAGUAUGGGUCCAAUUGAUGAAUCGCGAUCAAUCUGAAUGUUCUCUAGUCCUCAUUCCGUAUUCGGCUUUCGAUCUACCGAAAGAGCUUCGUGGAAACACACCUCCAAGAAAUACUCAAACAGUCGAAGAUAUGAAAAUCGGACAUUGGAAUCAGAAUUCUCAAGAAGCAGCGGAAAAACCUCCACGCGGAAAGCUGCAAAUACCCGUAACAAUUCAUAAAAGUAGAAGACAUAACAGUUGGAUAAAUUCACAUAAUGCAAUUCACCCACUGAAAGUGACGGAUGAAGAGAGACCGUUCUACGAGUUCAUAUACUGUUUGGAGCGACCACAUGGAAGUUGUAUAAGUCUAAUCUCUGCUGAGCUUGAUCCAACGGGGAACCUCGUGCAUUGCGGAGAGGAAAUUCUAAUGGCCGAAACGUAUUCGAUAAACAAAUCGAUGGGAAUAGUUGUUGACGAGAACAAAAAUCUCGUUUACUAUGUUGCCAAUGAAUCUCAUCCAACAGAGUGGAACGUAUGCGUUUCUAACUACCGAACUAAAAAACAUGCACAGCUCACUGAGAAUGGGAUCUGCUUUAAAUGUGAGAGAGCCAACGGGAGACUUGCUGUAGAUAUAGAUCAUGGUUUCGCUUGUUGGAUGACUUCGGUUGGAUCUCCAGCUCAGUGCAGAUUCUAUUCAUUCAAAUGGAUGGAUGGCGAAGAGUUGCCGAAAGCCUUGCACACUCUCAAUGUAAGUCUCACUGGCACAGAUAAUCCUCCAGAGCAACAAGUGGAUGUACCAGAGAUGGUAGAGUUUCAGUCGAGAAGAACUGGGUUGAUGCAUUAUGGAUUAAUAUUGCGCCCGAACAACUUCGACCCAUACAAGAAAUAUCCGGUGUUCCACUAUGUCUAUGGAGGGCCUGGCAUACAAAUAGUUCACAACGACUAUUCGUGGGUACAAUUCAUCCGCUUUGCUCGUCUUGGCUACGUUGUUGUUGUACUUGACAAUCGUGGAUCAGCUCAUCGUGGAAUAGAGUUUGAGAAUUUCAUAAGCAGGAAAAUGGGAACUGUUGAAGUAGAGGAUCAGGUCGACGGACUGCAAACAUUGGCUGAACGUACCGGUGGAUUCAUGGAUAUGAGCCGAGUCAUUGUUCACGGCUGGAGUUAUGGUGGAUAUAUGGCUCUCCAGCUGCUCGCGAAACACCCAAAGGUAUAUAGUGCAGCGAUUGCUGGAGGAGCGGUAUCCGAUUGGCGCCUUUAUGAUACAGCUUAUACUGAAAGAUACAUGGGAUAUCCAGUUAUUGACCAAGUUUACACUGAAAGCUCGGUUCUCAACCUUGUCGGAAAACUCCCUGACGAGCCAAACCGUCUCAUGUUAGUACACGGAUUGAUGGACGAAAAUGUUCAUUUCUCUCAUUUGACGACUCUUAUCGAUGAGUGUAUCAAAAAAGGAAAGUGGCAUGAGUUGUUGAUAUUCCCACGUGAACGUCAUGGAAUACGUGGCAACGAUGCAAGUAUCUACCUGGAUGCUCGAAUGAUGUACUUCGCUCAAAAUGCGAUUCAAAAUAUCGUCUUGUCGAAAGAUGAUUCUGCUCAAGGAGGAGCACCCGUUUAA